AUGUCUCAGAAGUACACCCCCGUUGGUAGGACACCCAGUGUGAGCGACUGGGCAUUCCCAAGCUACCCCUCAGGCUCACCGGGCGCCUCUUCGGCACGCGCGGCAAUGUGUACAAACCUGAUGACUGGUCAUAACGCUGAGUUGCUGAUUUUGAGGGCUAGGAAUGGGCGGCUCGAAGACCAGAAUCGGAAGCUUGAGGAGAGGAUUCGAGAACUGCUAUCCAAACAGACUCCAGCGUCCAUCCAAGACCUCAAUCUCGAGAUGAUAAGCUCACGUCUGAGCGAAACUUUUGACAUCCCUUGUGAGCGCGACUCGCUUUCCAAGUGUCGAGGCAUUAUUCGCGGCGUUAUGCACAAGGCUCGCUUCAUCGGCCAGAUUCAUUGGAUAGUGACUGAAUUUCGCUGCGAUAUUUUUGAAACGAUGAAUAACCAUCUACGAGAGCCCAUCGAACCCCUGGUCCGGGCUGAAGAGGUGCAGAUGAUCGAAGCUCAGCGAAUGUCUUUCACGUCCUCUCUAUCCACGCCUGAUUUGCCCCCUAAAGAGCUGCCGACAAAUUAG